UGGGUGGAAGAGUCGUUCACGAACUUCGACAGGGGCAUCAAUUGGCGGAGCUACGUUGUCUGCGACGUCGCGCACAACAACGUGAACAAUUGGCUGUGGACGCCGUUCAUCGAGAGGGGUCCGGCGAACCGCAUGUACGUAGAAAUCAAAUUCACGAUCCGUGACUGCUCGCUGUUCCCGGGAACCGCGCGCAGCUGCAAGGAAACUUUCAGUCUGCUCUACUACGAGUUCGACGCCGCCACCAAGGAGCCGCCGCCAUGGAAGACCGACAGUUACAAGUUGAUCGGACGCAUCGCCGCUGGCGAGGGGAGGUUCAACACGAACACCGAAGUCGUGAUAAACACGGAGGUGAAGUCGGUCCCGGUGACGAAGAAGGGCGUGUACUUCGCGUUCCGCGAUCAGGGCGCUUGUAUCUCGAUUCUAGCGAUCAAGGUCUAUUAUAUCAGCUGCCCGGAGAUUUCGGUGAACUUCGCGCACUUCCCGGCGACGCCGACUGGCCAGGAGGUCGCGCUGAUCGAGCAGACGAACGGCACCUGCGUGGACAACGCUAUGGUCGUCGAGCAGCCCACUUUCCUCUGCAAGGGAGACGGAAAAUGGUACCUGCCGACCGGCGCCUGCCACUGCAAGCCCGGCUACCACGCGGACGUCGAGAAACAGGAAUGCACGAAAUGCCCGAUCGGUAAAUUCAAGUACGAGGCGGGAUCGCACAGCUGCGAACUCUGCCCAACGCACAGCAAGUCCUCCGAUUACGGAUUCACGGAAUGCCGAUGCGAUCCCGGCUACUACAGAGCGGAGAAGGACCCCAAGAAUAUGCCCUGUACACAACCACCGUCGGCGCCGCAGAAUUUGACGGUGAAUUUCGUCGACCAAUCCACCGUCAUCCUCUCGUGGAACGCGCCUCACCAGCUCGGUGGUAGGACGGAUACUACCUACAGGGUGGUUUGCGAUGCCUGUAGCAUGGGUGUCAAGUACAUUCCCAGCACCGAGGUCUUCAACGACACGAAGAUCACGAUAACGGGCCUAAACGCGGUGACGACCUAUCGGUUCCAAGUGUUCGCCGAGAACGGUGCGUCGGCGUUGGCAGGGAAAUCUGAGUACGUGGACAUCACCGUGACUACUGAGGCUAGCGUGCCUAGCUUAGUCAGCAACGUGCGCAUCACCAGCGUUAAGAGUUCCGAGUUGAGCAUCAGCUGGGACGCUCCGAUAACCGAGAUCGGUGGGGACAGCGAUCUGGUAGAGCGAUACGAAGUGAGGUGUUAUCCACGUUACGACGACGCUACCAACGCCACCGUCAUCCAAACCUCGGACCUUUCCGCGACGUUCAAAGGCCUAAAACCAUCCACGGACUACGCGAUCCAGGUUCGAGCGAAGACGACGCGUGGCUGGGGCGAAUAUACUCCGGUGGUGUACAAGAAAACGCCGCACGCGAUGGGUCUAGAUUACGUCGGUGAGGACGACAACAUGCAAGUGAGGAUCAUAGCCGGCGCUAUCGUGGCAGUGGUCGUUCUGCUAGUGAUCAUUAUCAUCAUGACCGUUCUGAUAUUGAGAAGGGCCUCGGACGAGUGCAACAAGAAACAGCCGAGCGACUGCGACACCUUGGAGUACAGAAACGGCGAAG